GCCACCGAAUGAUUGUUACAAAAUAUAGUACUCAUCCUCGAUAGUUUUUAUCAAGCUGUCGACACUCGAGAAAUAGAGAGACCGACAGACAGUUCACAAAUCAUGGCAAGGGAUUCAACUUCAAGUUUAAGCCAAUGGUCUCUCAAAGGAACAACCGCUCUCGUCACUGGUGGCACUAAAGGAAUUGGGUUGGCUAUUGUGGAAGAACUGGCUGCGCUGGGGGCAACAGUUUACACGUGCAGUCGCAACCAAAAUCAGCUGAAUGAAUGCUUGCAACAAUGGAAGAUGAAGGGUUUUCAAGUUUUCGGUUCGGUCUGUGAUGCUACCUCUCCAGCUGAAAGGGAAACUCUGAUCAGCAAAGUUUCCUCCAUGUUUGAGGCCAAACUUAACAUCCUUAUAAAUAAUGUCGGGACGAACAUUUGGAAACCAACUGAGAAAUAUACAAGUAAAGAAGUGUCAACAAUGUGGAGUACCAAUUUCGAGUCGGCAUUCAACUUCUGCCAACUUGCGUAUCCCCUUCUCAAAGCAUCAGGAUCUGGAAGCAUUGUUUUUGUUUCUUCUGUUGCUGGUGUGUUCUCAAUCAAUCUUGGAUCUAUCUAUGGAUCAACAAAAGGAGCAAUGAACGAAUUGACAAAGGAACUGGCAUGUGAAUGGGCAAAAGACAACAUCAGGACCAACUGUGUUGCUCCAUGGUUCAUUAGAACCCCACUUACGGAACCAGUUCUGAGUAGCAGUAAGUUCAUGGAAGCAGUCAUCUCUCGGACACCAAUGGGGCGACUUGGAGAACCAGAAGAGGUUGCCCAUUUGGUAGCAUUCCUUUGCCUUCCAGCGUCAUCUUUCAUAACGGGACAAAUCAUUUGUGCUGAUGGUGGGUUGACAGCAAAUGGGUUUUUCUUCCCAAGAUCAGACCUUUGAAAACUAAACAAGAUGAUUAAACACUCAGCGGGUUGCAGGGUUUUGUUAACCGUGUCUGAUCAUUG